CGGAACGACCUUAUGAUGUUCGUUGGGUACCUGGAGUUUUUCCAUGCCCUUGACUUUCCGGCCAACGUCUGGAACGAGGUCCCGGUUAAAAAGUUCGCCAUGGCCCUGAUGAUCGUAGGGGGGACACUGGCAAUCCUUGCAUCUUGCCUCGCAUUCGUGGAUCUUCGCCGGAGCUGGCGGAACGUACGGUUAUUGCGAGAGGAACGCGCCUUUCUCCGUGCCGAGAUAGCCAGAACCGAGCGCUUGCCGUGUAACUACCUUCAAGCGUGCCAGUCGGCCAACUUUCGCGAGCUUGGGUGGGAGGUAUUUGACAGGGUAGCUAUGGACGGUAUUGUCGGUUUCGCUGGUAUCCUAGUCGGCACCGGCACCAUUAUGGCCAUUGGAGGCGCCAAUCAUCGCAUCUUCCAUGCGAGCAAUCUGCUUUCGGGUUACGUCGGCAACGGCUUUGUGGCAUUUUAUGGUCUCAUCAACGCCAUCUGGUCUGUUUACCUAUGGCAGCGGGGCAGGCGCCACUGCCGUCUCGUCACGGACUACAUCCAAGAAAACCCAAUGCAGAAGCGUGCACGUCAGAUCUUCCGAAACCAUCAGAUAUACGCCGUGACCAACGCUGUCACUCUGGUGGUUUCCAGUAUCGGCUCCCUCAUCAGCUCAACGAGGUGGUGGGGAUACGUCAUUUUGAUUCCCUGCAUCUUUGGCUCGGUGUUCUGCAAUAUGUUUUGGAGGAAGAAGGUUGGCUACGAUCGUCUCAUCAUU